AAAUUAGCACAAAUAGACUAGCUCAAGCUGAAGAUAGUUUGCAGAUAAUAAAAAAUCGAUUUUGUAAAUUACAGCAGGAUCUAGCCUUAAAAGAAGAUUAUAUUAAAUAUCUCGAAAAAGAAAUUUUGAUUCGAGAUGGGGAUUUGGAUCCAUUGUGA